AUGCAUGUGGAUAUGGAUAUGGUUUUAAACAAUUAUACUAUAACCCAUCCGUCGGAUCUGAAAUCCAAAACCGACUCGGAUUCUGGGCUUUUGCUCCGGUCCCGUCCCAAUCUCCCGCCGAUCGGUUUCCUCAUCCUCUUUAGCUUUAAUUUCCGAUCACUUUCCCAUUCUCCGUUUCCUUGUUUGGACGAUGACUAUCUUGUUGUUAGGGUUUGGCUUGACUUAUCUCGAUUCGAUUCGGCCGACGUUGGUUCUUAUUUCUUAAGCGCCGAUUUGCAAUCUGAUCAUCGAGGGAUUAAAGCAGCGCCGAACGAGGAUAGACGCGUCGGAUCAAUUCUCGUUGAUCAUGAUUACAUGCGAAGGAACCAUCUUGGUCGUGAUGGUGCGCUUGCUUGGCAGGCAUCACUUGUGCCCUCUAAUAUGCGUCUUGCAUCUUCAACUAAAACGGCAAAGGCUCAUGCCAAACCGGAGAUUGCAAUGCCGCUUCAAUCAAUUGCCAAGGAACCGGAGGUGAGCCUCGCCGAAGGAGUUGAAUGUUUGUUGUCCCUCUGCUUUGGAAGUCAAGAGAGAUGGUAA